ACGUGUCACAGCUCCAUGCAGGCCUCAAGGCGCGGCGCUCAGCCCGUGGCCGCCGGAGGAUGGACGGCCGCGACGCUGCUUCCACAAAAAUUCCAGUCGAAUCCGUCCAUCCAUCCCUGCGCAGUCCAGCCCACUCGAAUCAGACCCUCGCGUCGCGCUUCCCCUCCACCUCCACUCGUUUCAUUCCUCCCCCGCAACGCAACAUCACCACCAGCACCGGCGGCGGCGGCGGCGACCGGCACGGCAGCCGCCACCACCACCACAAUGCUGGCCGCGUCCCUCAAGCCCGGGCCUUCCCUCGCGGCCUUCUCCCCUUCCAUCCGGAAACUCGCGGCAACAGUUUCCUUCCCUCCCCGCCUCCACAACCGGCCCCUUCUCUCCGCUGCCGCAACUGCCGAGGGCACCGGCGCCCCCGCCAGCCAGGGAGACGCCUCCUCCUCCACCGCCGCCGCUGCCCCGAUCGAUGAGGCGCGCCUAGCCCAGUUCGCGGCGGACUGGCAGGCUGCGCGCGCGGACAAGGACCGGGGGAAGAUCCUCACGCUGCCGGUGUUGCGGGCCAACAGCGGCGGGCUGAUCGUCAGCUUCAACUCCCUGCAGGGGUUCGUGCCCAACCCUCUCCUCAGCCCCGCGCAUUGGUGUAAAGUUAAGCUUGCAGACCCCAAAAGGCCCAUCCAAGAUGUUACAAAGGAACUUGUAGGUUCGUCCAUUUCAGUCAAGGUGGCUGAAGUGAAUGAGGAAGAAAAGAAGCUUGUUUUCUCUGAGAAGGAUGCUAGUUGGUCUACAUACUCUUCCCAAAUUAAGAUGGGCGAUAUAUUUGAUGGAAUUGUGGGCUCAGUGUUCCACUAUGGUGCAUUUGUUCACCUGCGAUUUCCUGAUGGAUUUUACCAUCUUACUGGUCUUGUACAUAUCUCCGAGGUGUCUUGGGACCUUGUCCAGGAUGUCCAGGAUUUUCUAAAUGAAGGUGAUGCUGUCAAGGUCAUGGUGAUGAACAUAGAUACGGUGAAGUCAAGGAUAGCUUUAUCAAUCAGACAACUGGAGGAAGAUCCUCUAUUGGAAACAUUGGACAAAGUUAUUCCUUUGGACACUGAUCAAUCUCCUAAUGCUCAUAUCACAUCAUCUCCUUCAGAAAUUGAGCUUCUUCCAGGACUUGAUGGUAUAUGUAAUGAAUUACUGCAAGAGGAUGGUAUAACGGAUGUACAGUUUGGGCGCCAAGCAUUGGAGAAACGUGUUGUUUCACAAGACUUGGAGCUUUGGCUUUCCAACGUACCAGCUAAGGACAACAAAUUUAAGCUUCUUGCACGAGCUGGGAGGCAGGUCCAAGAAGUGUAUUUGACAACUUCUCUAGACCAGGAGGGCAUAAAGAAGGCUGUGCAAAGAGUACUAGGGCGUGUUCCUUGAGUCUGACACCCAGGAAGUAGGAACAGAGGUGUGUUUAUCCUCCACAAUUUUCUAACUAAAGCAUCAUACAGAAUCAACAGUACGAGCAAACAGCCCGAAAUAUUCGUCACUGUUCCCACACUGCUGAAUUUUCAUCUCUGUUGGAGACUACACAACCAAAAGCUGUAAGCCUGUAAAUACUCGCAGUAGUACAAUGAGCAAGUUAGGCAUCCUUCGUGCAUCCAUUAAGCAAAUGUCUCGUUAAGGUGCUGUUUCCAGUAUUUGCCUUUUGAUCCCUGUGUAUUUCGUACUGUAUGUACUUUGGCUGAACCCUUGAGGCAACCUGUAUAUAAGAAUGUACGUAAGUUUAUGUCA